CUAAAGCUGAAAGUGCAAGCAGCGAAUUACAGUACUUUAGGCUCUUUGUAAGAAGCUAGCUCCAGGAGCUGAGUCUCCACUGAAUUAUCAGAAAAAUGGCGAUCCCUAGAAUUGCUGUUGGAUCCACAGGCGAGUUUGCCCAACCCGAUGCUCUGAAAGCUGCUCUGGCCGAGUUCAUUUCUGUUCUCAUUUUUGUUUUCGCCGGCGAAGGCUCCGGUGUUGCUUUCAACAAGCUGACGGACGAUGGGUCGACAACGCCGGCCGGGCUUGUGGCUGCAGCCCUGGCUCACGGUUUUGGACUGUUCGUUGCGGUUGCAAUUGGAGCCAACAUUUCCGGCGGGCACGUGAACCCUGCCGUCACCUUCGGUGCCUUCCUCGGUGGCCACAUCACACUCAUCAGAGGUAUUAUGUACUGGAUCGGGCAGCUCCUUGGAGCCGUGGUUGCUUGCUUGCUUCUUGCCUUCUCAACUGGAAUGUCGACACCUGCAUUCUCCCUGUCCAGUGGUGUAGGUGUAUGGAAUGCAGUGGUGUUUGAGAUUGUGAUGACCUUCGGCUUGGUCUACACUGUGUACGCAACAGCAGUGGACCCAAAGAAGGGUAACAUUGGAAUAAUUGCACCCAUUGCAAUUGGUCUCAUUGUGGGUGCCAACAUUCUUGCUGGUGGUGCCUUUGAUGGUGCAUCCAUGAACCCAGCAGUCUCCUUUGGCCCUGCUGUGGUCAGUUGGUCAUGGGACAACCACUGGGUCUACUGGGUCGGUCCACUCAUCGGCUCCGCCAUUGCCGCGUUCGUCUACCAGAUAAUCUUCAUCGAUUCAAACACCCAUGAACAGCUCCCCUCCACCGAUUUCUAAGCACUAGUACCUGUUUCUCAGUCUCCAUCUUUUCUCUGUUGUUGAAGUUAUGUGGAUGGGGAAAGGGUUGAGAGUCUGGUGGUUUCUUUUGAUUUUAGGAGUUCUUAAUGUUGUUCGUAUCUUGCUCUCUCGUUACUUGGUGAUUCUUGUCCACUGUCUUGUAUUCCUGCAAUCAUUUUGAAGAGUAAUGUCCAUUUGUGCUCAGUCUAAGAAA